AUGAGCCUAGAACAAGAAUUUAAAGAGGCACCUUUAGCGGCCGAGGAUGAAACCAAAAGCAAUAACGAUGUGAAUUCCAACUCAUCAGAACAACUUGUACAAGAGCUUGCAGAUGAAUACGGUAUCAACCAAAAGAAGUUGAUGUGGAAAGUCGACGUUUGUGUGGUCCCAGGGUUUUGUCUUUUGUACUUCCUCUCAUUUUUGGAUAGAGUGAAUAUCUCCAAUGCCAGACUUUAUGGAUUAGAGGAAGAUUUGAAUAUGACAGGAGAUCAGUUCAACAUCGCUUUGGCUUUGUUUUAUGUGCCGUACGUGGCGUUUGAGUUGGUUUCCAACUACUCCCUUAAAUUCAUCAGACCCCACAUAUGGUUAUCUUCCUGUAUCUUUUUGUUUGGUUGUGUGACUAUUGGUAUGGGCUUUGCCAAAACUUUUGGACAAUUAGUGGCUUGCAGAGUAUUGAUCGGAAUGACAGAAGCUGCGACUUUCCCUGGUCUUUUCUAUAUAUUAUCGUCGUUUUACGCCAAUUUUGAAGCCCAAAGGCGGUUCUCGAUAUUCUUCUCCUGUACUUGUUUAGCUGGUGGUGCUUCUGGAGCUAUUGCUUACAAAAUCAAUGACUUGAAUGGAGUCCAUGGUUUGGUCUCUUGGAGAUGGAUCUUCAUAGUCGAAGGAGCUUUCACAGCUGGUCUUGCUUUUGUGUUGUUCCUCAUUGUGGCAGACUUCCCAGAAGAUGCUAGAUUCUUAAAAGCUAAUGAAAAGACCUUCCUCAAGAAGAAAUUGGCUAUCUAUUCGGGUGCUGAAUCUGGUUACGAAAUUACCAACAAAGUCAGCGAUGUGGUGAAGUGUUUCAAAGACUACUUGAUUUGGUUACCAGCCUUGGCAUACUUUGGUUUCAUUAUUCCAUCUUAUGGUUACGCUUAUUUCAGUGCCACCAUUAUUAAAGAAAUGGGUUACACCGCUGUCUCUGCGAAUCAGCAUUCCGUAUAUCCAUGGCUUGCUGCUUUUGGAUUUUCUGUAAUCAUUGCUUUCACUUCUGAUCACUUGAGAAUUAGACUUCCCUUUGUCAUCCUAUGUCUUGUUGUUGCUAUUACUGGUUUGGCAAUGGUCUUGGGUGCCACGGAUUACCCAAAAGUAAGGUACGGAGGAUGUUUCUUGAUCGCUAGUGGAUUGUAUUCUGGUAUGCCAGUCUUGGUGUGCUGGAACUCUGUAAAUUUCGGAGGACAUUUAAGAAAAUCUGUGGGUACCGCAUGGCAGAUUGGAUUUGGAAACAUCGGUGGUAUUAUUGCUACAUUUAUCUUCUUGACCAAGGAUGCCCCUGUCUACAGAUCUGGUAUGGCUGUGUGCAUAUCAUCCGCAUGCUUUGCAAUUAUCUGCUCUACCGCAUACUUUUUUGCUGUCAGAAGAUUGAACUCAAUCAAACAAACAGACACUUACGUCGAAAAGUUUAAUGCCUUGAGUGAGAGAGAUCAGAUUUUGGCCGGAGACAAGAACCCAAACUUUAGGUACUUGUACUAA